CUGAAACCAUAGGAAUGCGACACACUUUGUAUUUACAGCCCUAAGCUACAACACUUACAUUUUUCAGUAUGUGUGUUUUUACGCUAACGUCCCGUACCUGUCACGGCGUCCGAUUCAGUUUUACAUGAAGCUGUAACGACGCUUCCGAGUUUAAUUUUCUUCACGGAAACAACUUUGUUUCUGCAGGCAGGGACUCUGUUUUUUCCCUCCUCGUCCUUAGCUGCGUUUCCGUCAUGAGAUCAGGUGGAUAGCGUGUUGCUGCUGGCAGAAACAGUACCUGCGGCUAAAACUGCCUCAGCCGCCAUCAUGUUCACUAAAAAGAAGAAAUCUCGUAUCCAGAUCUCUGCUCCAUCCAACUUCGAGCAUCGCGUUCAUACUGACUUUGACGAGCAGGAGCAGAAGUUUGUCGGGUUGCCACGGCAAUGGCAGUCGCUCAUCGAAGACACCGCCAAAAGACCCAAACCCUUCAUCGAUGUGAAUGUCAUCACUGCCGUGGAGCCACACAAGGUGGGGACAAUUGUGCGUGGCAACAAACUUGGAGUGGACGGCUCUCUAACAUGGCUGUUGGAUGAGUUUGACACCAUGUCUGUGACUCGCUCCAACUCCCUGCGACGAGGCAGCCCUCCCAUCCAGCCUCGCAAGGACUCGAGCUCUUCAGGAGGAGGAGGGCAGGAGAACGGAGAUCCUCACCACCGCCACCACUCACAACCAGAAAGACAAGAGAGAGACCGAACCAGACCAGAACCCCAGAGUGGCGGUGACCCCCGCCAGGGUCAGCACGUAAUCCGUCCGCAGUGGGAUGAGGUAGUCCAGGGUCGUCCCCAGCAGCAGCCUCGGGGCCAAGAGCCCAGCAGGGCCCACAGAGACAGACCAGGCUCCGGCCCUCCUCCUCCCCCUCACAGAGACAGGGAGCAUCGGGACCGGGACAAGGAGCAGGUGCCUCACAGGGAUCAACCCAGUGACCACAGGCCAAAGUCUAGCUACAUGGUGCGGGAUGGCAGCCCUCAGUCUCCCAGGGACAAGAGACCUCUCUCUGGGCCCAACAUCCGCACCCCAAACCUGCCAGUAACAGAGGGGGUGAUGAAGACUGCCCAACAGACCACACGGCCGUUUAACACCUACCCGAGGACAGACAGCGAGGGCGGACGCAGCCCCACAGGACAGCCAGCUCGACACCAUGAAUCUCCUCAAAAUGGCCCCUCUAGCGGCUCUGCUCGAGGUUCAUCCAGCUCCAAGCCCCCUAUAAGCCACCCGCACCCUCAUCAUACUUCCCACCCCAGCCUGACCCCUGAGGCCACCCAGCACCCACACACCCCUCACCCCAACGUUCCAGCUCCACGGCCCCCUGCGCCCUCUGGGGCCCCAGUCUCAGGUGCGCCGUCCCAGGGCCGCUCACCGCAAAGGGAGCCUCAGAGGGUUUCCCAUGAGCAGUUCAGAGCAGCGCUACAGAUGGUGGUGGAUCCUGGCGAUCCGCGAACCUACUUAGACCACUACAUUAAGAUAGGGGAGGGGUCCACUGGGAUUGUGUGUAUUGCCACAGUGAAAACCAACGGCAAACUGGUCGCCGUGAAGAAGAUGGACCUGAGGAAACAACAGCGCAGAGAACUCCUCUUCAACGAGGUGGUAAUCAUGCGGGACUAUCACCAUGAGAACGUGGUGGAGAUGUACAACAGCUACCUGGUGGGAGAUGAGCUCUGGGUUGUCAUGGAGUUCCUGGAGGGAGGAGCUCUCACAGACAUCGUGACACACACCAGGAUGAACGAGGAGCAGAUUGCCACAGUGUGUCUGUCUGUCCUGAAGGCGUUGUCUGUCCUCCACACACAGGGUGUGAUUCACAGAGACAUCAAGAGUGACUCCAUACUUCUCACUCAUGAUGGCCGGGUGAAGCUGUCAGACUUUGGUUUCUGUGCCCAGGUGUCUAAGGAAGUGCAAAGAAGGAAGUCUCUGGUUGGAACACCGUACUGGAUGGCACCAGAGCUAAUAUCCAGACUGCCUUAUGGACCAGAGGUGGACAUCUGGUCUCUGGGGAUCAUGGUCAUAGAGAUGGUGGAUGGGGAGCCGCCGUACUUCAACGAGCCGCCACUCAAAGCCAUGAAGAUGAUUCGAGACAACCUGCCUCCCAAACUGAAGAACCUUCACAAGGUCUCCCCUCUGCUCAAGGGCUUCCUGGACAGGAUGUUGGUGCGAGACCCGGCUCAGAGGGCUUCGGCCAGCGAGCUUCUCAAACACCCCUUCUUGACCAAGGCGGGUCCGCCGUCCUGCAUCGUCCCCCUGAUGAGGCAGAACAGGAUGAGAUGAGACAUGUGCCACUAAGACCUCCAGAGUCUGGAGUGCAGCACGUGCAGGUUCAGAUGGAACAGAAUACUCCUGCACACAGAGGAGUGGCCCACAGAGGUCAGAGGUCACGGAUGAGGGGUCUGUGCUUCAGAAAGUGCUGUGAGCUGCAAAGUGUAAACCAGGUGUGCAGGAGUAUUCUAAUUUUCUUACGUGAAUCACUGAACCGUGGGGAGUGACUUCCCUUAAUAAGAGGCAAUAAAGCGGUGUGUGUGUGUGAGUGAGUGAGUGUGUGUGUGUGUGUGUGUGUGUGUGUGUGUACGUGUGUGUACGUGUGUAAACAUAUGCUGCCAACACUGACAGUGUGUCAUGGCUCAUACGUGCGUGAGCUCUCACUUUGAGAGAGAGAGAGAGAAGAGCAGAGAAGCCACAGCUUGGGCCAUGGAGUGAUUUUAGCUGAUUUGAUGUAAACGUUUUGUGUUAAUUGAAGGGCCUGACCUGGAAAGAUUAAGACUGUGGCUGUUUUUUAUUUUUCCAUUUGGACCUUACCUGGAUUUUAAGUGUGAACGUGGGGUUUUGCACACCAAUCGGAUGCUUUUGAAGGAGCCGUGAACCCACUGGCUGAUUUUAGAGUCAGAGGGAGCGACAUUUUAAUCUCACUAUUUGACGGUCUGGAAGCCGAAUUUUCUCACUACAAAGACUUCUCUCACGGACGGAUCCCAGACGCUAUCCUCAUCACACCCAGAACUUACUACUGAGGGAGGAAAUCUUUUGACUCAGAAAUGAGUCGCACGGACUUUAUUUUGUAGUACUAGCUUCCUGUUGUAAACAAGCAAACAUACACUAAGACAAAAGGUAAACACUGGAGUUGUGGUUUUUUUAACAGAUGAAUUUUUCUCUUAUUUCCUCUUUAUUUUCCUGUGUAUGUACAAUGAACAUAGAGAGAUAUAUCAGUUUUCAUGUUUUACUAUCUCUAUUUUGUGAUUGUUUUAUUAUUAUGAUUUGUUUCUUGGUUUAUUUUAGAGAUGUGAUGAUUUUUGAAGCACUGUCGACGAGCUGCACUCCCGGUUGUUUCCAGCACGCAGAUAAUAGACACUAGACAUUUUAUUUUGUUUUGGUAUUUUUCUAGAUGGCUAGAUAGGAAUUUUUGACCAUUAACCUCAUUGGUCAAAAUAACACAAGGACGAGCAGCAACGGUUUUACAGACAUGUGAAAGGCAGAUAGACAAACAGGACAAGAAGACACCCCCUUAAAAUCAUACACCUGUUUUAGCUUUUUUGUUUUGUUUUUUAAAGAGUAGGCUUUUCCACGUGCUUUUAACCCUUAGUUAAUACACAACCGAAUGGUUCUGAGGUAGAAAAAAGAAAAUUAAUAUGAGCUGCUUUUUAGGCAAUCAGCGAGUUUGAGUUUUUAUUCUGUGGUGCACGUCAGCUUCCUUAUAACGUCAUCACUCUCCUUCAACAAACACAGCGGCAGCUGUUUUCAGUAAAUGGCCUGCUGCUGAUGUGGAGGAGUUCUUAUCCUGUUCUACACUGGUUGUCCUAUUGAAUCGAUUAAUGUUUGAUAGCCUGGUUAAUCUGUCUGGCUCCUGAAUCCACCUUAUAGAGUGAGUGGUGGAAAGGAGCAAAACAGUAGGUUUUUGAUCUGUUAUUUUAGUGUUUGCAUUUGUGUUCUGUGAAAGUGGACCCUUAGGCAGAUGACAGAACGAUUACAGAAGUACUUAGAGGGUAGGAAACACUUUCAGGAAAAUCCGUCUGAACACUAGUGACUAAUAGCUGCUAAUAAUGUUCACACACACACACCCAUGAGCCAAAAUAAUUACCAGACCUGUGUCAGGUUGUUUUGGAUGACAGUGAGAGAGUGGAGUCCUCCAUCAGUGCUGAUCAGACACCAAUCCUGUCACUUCAUCUUAAACAUAAAGUUAGAUUAAAUUCUUUACUAGCAUUCUCUUAAGAUCAGGCCUCAGUUGAUUUAAUGACUAAUAGCAGACACUCCAUGAAACCUACGUGAGUUCUCUAAAGGGGCUGAAAACAGCUUUCAUGGUGGAGUUAAUAUCUCUAACUUGUUUAAAGGGUUUUUAUUACCACGACAUUGAGAUCAGUCACUGUAUAUUCACACUAAAUUCCCUUUCAAAUGCUCCACUGAUUGUCCCCAGCACCAAACACCACCCAAAGAAUGAAACCAUGGAGAAUUAAUUAGUGUUCUGUUUGUGCCCAGGUCUUGUUAUUAUACACCCACUUCUGCCUUGAUGUUCCUCAGGCUGGAAAAGGAGCCGUCUUUAUCAGCAGACACCUGUAGUUUCAUGAAUGGUGAUUGAUACCGAAGAUGAACUUAAAGAUUAUGCUCUGUUAUGAGUCAUCCCUCUCAAGGUGAUGCAACACAGGGGUGCACAUAAACACGGCCUGCAGACACAUUCCCCUCUCUAAGCCAAGGCUGCUGCUGCAGAGAGCCUCUUCCCCUCAGAACAGACCUCAGUCAAGUAGCCUUCUUAACCAUGAGUUUCUGCACCCGGAAUGUUUUCCGCUGAUGCAGAAUAACAUUUUCUCGCUCUUUUAGAUGCCAUCUCCUGUCAGGAUUACUUUUGUCUCUACAAAAAAAAGUCAAAACUGCAGUUAAACAAAGGGAGGGGUUGGACAGUUUUGGAUGGCAUAGCACAGUCGCUGUUCUUGUUGCAAACUGAACAUUGUCAUGUACUUUUCUGUGUACGUAUACUAUAUAUAUAUACACACACACACACACACACACACUGCUAUACAUACAAUACUGCAGCUGUAAGUAAACAUUCACUUUGUGGGUUCUUCAUGUCCAAACAGAGAAACCAAUGACUGUGAGGCCUUGUGAGGAAGAGUAGCAGCACAGAGUAGGUUGAAGACUUUUAAGCAGGAAGUAGGUUAAUAUUUUGUUCUCUGUAAUAAGAUAAUUCCUGCAAAUCUAGCCUCUCUUGAAGAGAAUGAGGUGACCGGUGAACUGAAGUCACUAUUAUCCACUAUGUUGUGUCACGAUCACUAAGUACUGCAUUAAAUCAGCAGCAGCACCCUUCAGGCGUGUUUGUUACGGUAGUUACUGAGAUGAUGACUCCAUCAGGCUGCUUAAACCAAUGAAAAUACUUCCUUCUAGGCGUUGCUGUCUGUAACUAAAAGCUGUUGUCUGAUUCCACGUUGCUGCUGCAGGCUGGUAGGCGUUGCAUACCUUGGCAGCUUAUCAGACAUUUUCAGCUGUGUCAGUUUCUUGACCUGUUUUGUGGUCAUUCGUGGCACAAGCCAAUGAUGACUCACAGAUUAUGAAACCUGUUAUUAUCCUUCAUGUUUGCAGCCGCUUGCUUCUCAUCAGAGACAUGAGAGCUGAGCUGAAUGAAAUGAUAGACUGACAGUCAGGUGGAGCGGUGGCGAUUUAGUUUGGGCUGUGAUAUUUUAGGAUAAGAGUGUUUUUCCUCCAAAGUCAGAAUCUUACAUUUGAAUAUUGAUCACAUUUGAAUCUUUUAAAUCCAAACUGCACAUUCAUCACUUACUAUAUUUUAAAUGAUCAUAAACUGUUGUUGGGGAUUGACAACAAAUAGACUCUUGCUUCUUGCUUAAAGCUGGUAAAUUGCAUCAGAGGCGUUUCCUGCUGUACCUUUUAAGGUAGGCGGCUGGUGAAAUGGUGGAUUUAUAAAUGUGACGGAUUGUUAAGGUGACUGAAAAUAUUAGCUUUAGAAAGGUCAUAACAGAAUAAAGUAAGUUGCUUCAAGAGCGAAAUGUCGGUAUGCUUAGAUUAGGUUGAUUGGAUUACGCACACCUUUGAGUAUUUCCUUAAAAAAAAAACUACUGCAGCCUGCAGUUAUUAGUUUUAUUUGUUAAAAACUUUAUGAUCCCACUAUGCUUCAGCCACUGCUUCCUAACAGUCCAGUUAUUGGCUCAUGCAUCAUGUUCCAUGUUUCCAUUUCAAAAUCCUAGAAAACCAGUGGUGAGAAGGUGCUUACUGGUGAAACCUGUAACUUUGGGUUUACUGUUUACUACAACAGAGUAUGAAAAUCUUGUUAUAUUAGCUCCCCUUCAUAUUUAAAAUUUUAUUCUCCAAAUAUUUGGAGUUUUUUAUAUAAAUGAAAUUUCAAAUUAUUUCCCCAAAAUUGGCCCUUAUACUCUUGUCCCACCUGCCGUUAGUCCAGGUGUAACCAAACACCAGACCCAGACUUUGUUGUCCUGUUGAGCCUCUUAGCCUCAUCCCACUUUUGAUCAGUUGUCCUUUGAAUAUCAAUGUGAAAAUCCCAGAUCUGUUCCCUCUACUGGUGGACCGAUGUUGCUUAUUAGGUUGACUGUAACAACAUUUUUAUGGUCCAGAUUCUACUGCUUUGUUUGUGUGGUAGUUCUGUGUGUGUGUGUUUUUUAUGUGUAUGCAUAUUCAUGAGUUCAUGCCUUAACAUUUUACGAUCACUACUUGACAGAUUCUGACUCUGACUUGACACUACGACUGUGAGAAGGUGGAGGGAGAUCUCCAUGACGCUUUACUCUUCUCAUCUCACAUAUCUGAAAAGUCUUUGAGUCAUUUUGAUGCGGUUUUUAUGCCAAGUUGUGCGUCUUGGUGUUUGCAUCUUUUGGCUGAUGCGUGACAUCUCUCAUUAACAUUCCUGACAGUUUUUCAAGUUACUGAAAAUACUUCAGGUUGAGCAUUUUUCAGGGUUGUUUUUUAUUUUGAAUGUGGUUACUGAGGGCCUCAACGUCGGCGCUCUUCUCACCUCGGUUGCAUACUCUGAAGGAGAGCAAGGUUCAGUCCAAAGGGAUUUUUCAAGAAGCAGGACUGCUUGGGAUUCAGUGUUUUCAGCAUCUCCCUGCUUCACGCCACAGAGCUUCCAGAAGUUGUUUUUUAUUUCUUCACUAGUAGCAGAUGAGCAGCUCCAGUGCUGCUGUUCAGGGUUUAGUGCCUUGCUUAGCAGCAUCUUGUCAGGCAUCUUUAGGGAUUGUCCUGUCCUGUGAGUAGUCUUUCUUCUUGGAAAAACCCCCUGCAGGACUUACUUCUGGUUUCCAACAUGUGGAGUCACCAGAACCAUGACCACUACUGACCAACCAGCCUAAAAACCGAAUUAAUUCCUUCUCCGAUGGACUGUUAAUGCUUCUCACUGACUCGCCUUUUGUGUUAAAGCUGAUUUUGUUGAUCUGUUGCAGAUUCCAGCAGCCGUUUUUUGUUUUUUUGUAAACUUCACUGGUAUUGUAAAAAAACAUAGAUUUCACUUUGCAAAUUUUACUUUUUUUUUGCAAAUACAGAUUUUAUAAAAGUCUCCUUUGGUGUCUGUUUUCUGUUUGUGUGUUUUUGAAGUGUUGUUCUCCACUGAGGGCACUCACUAUGCAUGAAUGCAGGAAAGGUCGAAAUGGAAAAGAGAUUCUAAUCAGAAACAUGUAUUUACUUGGUGAAAUGCAAACAUGGCCAAAAGUGAUACAAUAAGGAGCCAUGCUAGCAGCUUGAAGGCUCAUUACACACUGAAAAACAAUUGUUGGAUGGGUAAAGAAAAGAAAAGUGGUUCCAGAGGAAAAGUCAUGUUGCAAUGGUGGCCUUUUGGGACAUCUCAGCUCUUUUGUCAGACUUGGCUCGACUAAAUGUUAAUCGGUCGUGCAGAGUAGUUGCAUAAUGAACAUAAACCAUAAGAGGCUGAAGAGAAAUGUGUAUCUGAUCUGCCAUUAUCUGUUUCUCUAUGUGUGUGAUUGCUAAAUGUGUAAACUGAAAA